AUGAUGUAACACCGAAAGUUCCGGAAUAGCUUAAGGUCGCUAGAUAAAACGCUAGCCGGACGAGUGUGGCGCAGACCCUUCUUGACUUCUUCCAGACAACACUUGAACAACAACCACAUUUAUACUUUAAAUAUGCCGAGAGGAAGCAGAAGCCGAACAUCGAGGAUGGCUCCUCCAGCCAGACGUUCACCACCUCCACCGCCACCACCUCGUCCCUCCCACGCACCUGUGCCCAUGCAGGCUGCCCCAUCUGCUUUGGCUGCUCCAGCUGCAGCACCCAAGCAGCCUGGUAUGUUUGCCCAGAUGGCGACUACGGCUGCCGGGGUAGCGGUAGGCUCUGCGGUCGGGCACACUCUUGGCCACGCGAUGACCGGGGGCUUCGGCGGCGGUGGGAAUUCUGAGCCCGCGCGGCCGGACGUCACAUACCAGGAGCCUUCCUACCAGGCGCAACCACAGCAACAGCAGCAGCAGGCCUGUUCCUAUGAGCUCAGGCAGUUCAUUGAGUGCGCUCAGUCCCAGAGCGAUCUCAAACUCUGCGAAGGCUUCAGCGAGGUUCUCAAACAGUGCAAGUUUGCAAACAGUAUGUCUUGAAUCAGAUCCAGAAGCCCUGAAAUGGAUUGCCGGAUGACAACAAUCUAAUCAAUAACAGAUCCAAAAGUGAAAUUUAAUUAUAACAGUUGAUCAUUAUCAGACAGAAUCCAUACUUCCACGCAUUAGGAGAGUGCUUGUAAUCAAUGUUUAUAUUUUACAGUAUUGUGUUUUUUGAGUGGAUGUUUUGUUGUAUUUCAUUAGCUCCAGUGCUUCAUGGGAUUGCUCUGAAAAACGGCAUUGUUAGAUCAUAAUUACUUGCUUUUAGAACAAUAAAGCGCUUGGAAAAUCUC